AUGGCUGAACCGAUGGACGUGGAUGCUGCCAUCCAGCGGCAGUAUACUCAGAGCCUCGCCGAGGCCCUCAACCCGGAGAUUCAGGAGAGAGUCAAACAGCAACUCGGUGAUCCCGCGCACAAUAAGCGGGUCGUCGACGCAGCUGUCGCGUUGAUCAAUCCGUCGGUGGGGUUGUGGGGUGGUUACCAGGUCAAGAAGAAGACGGGCACGCAUUGGUUGCUGCGUGUGCGCGCCGACUACGACUGCGCGAAGCUUCUGCGCCGCAACUACGUCGAGCGCGUCAGCGUGUACACGGCGGUUGGACGGCCUACCUGGGUCAAGCUCAUCCUGAAGGGGCGAGGGAAGGCCAAGUCGCAGCUCGCGGCCGCCAUGGUGCAGGCCGAUCCGGACAUGUUCCUGAACCUGAACCCGGCCCACUUUAACGAUGCGAUCAACGACAUGAUGCAGCGGCGUGUCAUCGAUGGAGGCGGUGGGUUUCAGCAGCUCGGCGCUGGGCCUUCCGGAGCGGGCUCUGCUUCUCCGGCGGGGCAGCACUCUGCUUCUCCGGCGGGGCAGCAGCGCACGCCUUCGCCCGCAGGGCAGCGCACGCCUUCGCCCGCAGGGCAGCGCACGCCUUCGCCCGCAGGGCAGCGCUCUGCUACUCCGUCGGGGCAGCGCACGCCUCCCCCCGCAGGGCAGCGCACUGGCGCUUGUCCCGAUACUGGCGCGACAAAUCGCAACGAUGGCGCGGGGGGUGAGGAUCUCGACGCCCUGUGCGACGCCUUCCGUCGCGCCUUGCGCGAUCGUGGCCACCACUCGGAGGUGGCGAGGCGGAUUUUCGAUGUGGCCAAGGGGGAGGGUGCGUCCGAGGCCAUCAUGGCGGCGGGGGGGUUCGCUGGCGGGGCGGGAGCGGUCGUCGCCGCCUUCGAAGGUGCGGUUGCUGAGGACUCGGCGGGGGGGCCGGACGGCAUGUCGAACUCGAUGUAUGUGGUGUUCGGACACAUCUACCAGAAACUCCGUGAUAUGUUUGCCGCGGUGGGCGAGAGCAGCUCUGACGUUCGGAUGACAAUCAGACUCCCGGCAGGACACGGCGUUGGGUUGAGAAUCAGACACUAUGAAGCGGACUCAGAGGACAACUCAGAGGACAACUCAGCAUCCACGUGA